GGACACGGUGGCGACAGUUCAGUCGUUUCGAGGCUGCCGAGCUGACCGGGUGUGUCGUCGAGCGUCGCAGAGCCGCGCCGGUGUACCGUCUCUCCCUCUCUUCUUCUCCUUCUCCUCCCUGUUUCUUUCCACGAGGUAGUGGAGCCUGUUCGACGUCGUCCGACGACGCUCUUGUUCGCCAGUCCGCCGCGAAACCCGUCGCGCGCCAUCCCUCAUCGACGCUCGCCGCGAAUAUUCGGUGUUGUUCGAGCAACGGACGCUGAGAGGAACGCUGAGAAAGGAUCAUGAAGGGUGCUGCGAUCGCCGUCCUCUUCCUGGCAGUGAUCCAGGCUGCCAUGUGCAACGACGAGUUGAGUCCGAGCAUCUUCUUCCCCGAGAUCGAGGGCAACUUGACCAAGGUCGUAUGGGCGCACGCGGUGAACAGCAAAGCGUUACUGGACAGUGCACUGAAGAAUGAAACCGUCAUGAUGCUGGAGGCCGACGUGGUGCUCGGCAAGCUGAAAACUUCGCAGAAGGACGAGGAGAUCCCGAUAAUGGCGCAUCCACCCGCCACCGAGAGCGACCUGUCGCUGAAGGACUUCCUGCUGGAGGUGAACGGGACGAAGAAGGGCGCCAAGCUCGACUUCAAGUCCUUGGACGCCUUCAACGCGAGCAUGGCGAUCUUGAAAGACACUCACAACGUCACGAAACAGCCGGUGUUCCUGAACGCGGACAUACUUCCGGGACCAACGGAAGAAGCGAACGCCACCAAACCCGUGGACUCGACCAAUUUCCUCUCCAUGGCGAAGGCGUUCCCGAGAUUCACGUUGUCCCUGGGCUGGACCACCAAGUACACGAACAGCAGCCUCUCGUACACCGCGGAGCACGUCCAGCAGAUGAUCACCGCGGUGGAGGAGGUCGAGCAGCCGAUAACCUACGCCGUCAGAGCCGGCUUAGCCGCGAACGACAUCGCCACGAUGAAGUCGCUGAUGGAGAAGAGCGCGAAGCUGAAGAACGCGACGCUGACCAUCUGGUCGAGCGAAGGCGACGCGGUGAACGCGACGCAGCUGUCCACGCUGAUCAAGGACGUCGGCGUCGAGAAGGUGUACCUUGACCUGCCGGCCGACCUGCUGAAGGAGCUUCGCCUGUCGGGCGCCAGCAGCCUGAGCUUCGCGUCGUCCAUGGCUCUCGGCUCGUUCCUCGUCAGCUACCUCUUCUCGUCGAUGGCGCGAAGGGGUUGAGCCGCGCUCCCCCCGAACGAUUCCGUGCACCGAAGGGAUUUCAGGGUCGGGAGGUCGCGCGCCCCUUCCGUCGCCUCGAGAUCGCCUCGCAACAGAGAGGAACGCCAGCACCGGUCUACGGGAUGAAACAACCAUCAGAAUCGAACGAUCGCGCGCGCGUCUGAAAGCGACAUUUUCGACGGCGAGCAAACGGAAAACAGAAAAGAGUAAUCAAAAGGCGUCAUCGGCGCGCGUGUCGCGACCCGGGCGACGUGUCGGCGUGCCCGGGCCCCGAACCGUCAUUCUCCUUAGCGUGUAAGCUUUAUCCGCAACAGAACAACAGAAACAAACAGGUGUUUUCUAAGUAUUUUAAGGGAGCUUUCUUAGGUAUUCGCGGAACACGAAUGGAAAUCCCGCUUUUACAUCUGGACGUAUUCUACUCACUAACCCGGAGACCAAGUUUCAGUUUCAUUCCGCCCCGUCGGCCACGAUUUGUAGAUUUCUAACGGAUCCGCGACCAGUAGGGAGGCAGCGAGAGGAACUGUCGACAGGACGGGAGUGUGUAAGCCGCGUAGAGUAAGAUAUAACAUACUAGAGAGGCUCGCUUUUCGCCCGAACUCUCCUCGAUGGGUCCCGUCGUCGGCGUCGUUCGGGACUGUCAAUUGAUUUCUAAACCACGCAUCGAUUUCUUUCGAACACGUCAAUGUUGCACCGCGCGCAUACGGAGUAUCCCGCGACCCGCCGGGAUUCCCACGCGAGAACUCGUCUAUCACGGGCACACACGCGCGUUCACCCCGGACCGUUCCCCGCGUUUCACGAAAUCGGACGCGUCCGAUUAGUGUGUUGUAUCGUACCUCGUUUAGUGUUCACCGACGUAUCACCUGUACCUGCCUUGAACAUAUCUCAGACCUAGGUGCAGAGCAGAAAACGAAACAGAAGCGGUAUUAGUCUAUGUAUAUUAUUAUAUGUAUUAACCUGUAACGUGUAUACAUGUAAGCCAAAGGAUUGCGUUACGCGUGCGUACCACGUUGCCGGCGUAUCGCGUUUGAUAACGAAAUAAAUGAAAUCAAUCAAAUCUGAA